CUACGGAGUAUAAUCUUACCCUGAUUACUUAAUAGGCAAGUAAGAGCCCCUAAUGUUUAGAUAAAGCACUCACAAACCAAAUACCUCGAAGUUUACCAUCUCAUGUCUGUUGAUAUAAAGAUACCACCUAGAUUGAGCUCAAGGUCGAGUGUUCUCGACAUCGUCGGUGAUAGUCCGGGGUUAAGCUCGCGGUUAAGCUCGCCGUUAAGCCCGAACAAGAAGAUAUAAAUUCGCGUAUUUGAUUGGAAUGGAGUAGGCCUGGAUAAAAUGUCGAGACAGCUUCGACUGUGCCGUCAAGAUGACUGCGACACCGAGUCAGAGAAAUGCCCCUGAUAUCCGUCAGUUCGUGGCAACCCUCCACAGCACCCCAUACCCUGCAAUCGACCCGGCGCUCGUCAAGCUUCCUUCCCCCUAUGUAGUCUGCAUUAUCGGGGGAGGAGGUGCAGCAGGAGGGGGUCUUGCUCGGGCAUACGCUCGCGCUGGAGCGUCGGGGAUCAUUCUCGCAGCCAGGAACCGGCAACGACUGGAAGAGGCUGCGAAGGAAAUCCGGAGCAUUGCGCCCAACGCCAAGGUCGUCGUUGCAGGAUGCGACAUCGCCUCAGAUACCAGCCUCGGGGAACUGGCCACCACAACGCGCACAGAAUUCAAUGGUCGGCUGGACGUGGUUGUCGCAAACGCAGGCUAUUCUGGGCUGAUCAUCGCGGAUGUCCUGCAGGAGACGGCCGAGGACUGCGAGACCGCAUUCAACGUCAACACCAUCGGCACCUUCAACGCGGCCCGCCACUUUCUCCCGUUGUUGCUUGCGACCAAGUCGGGAGCCAAAAGUUUCCUUGCCAUCUGCUCCAUGGCGGCGCCGAUGGUGGCGGGGCCCAUGGCGCACACCCAUUACUGUGUAAGUAAGGCCGCCCAGGCCCGGAUCAUCGAGAUGAUAUAUGAGCAGUACGCGGGCCAGGGUCUUUUCUGUGCCAGUGUACACCCUGGAGGAUUGAAGAGCGAAUUUGCGAAAGCAAUGCCAGAAGACAUGCUUCACCUUCUCACCGAACAUCCGGAUCUUGUUGGCGCAUUCUGCCUCUGGUUAACCAAACCUGAAGCCUGGAGACAGAAGAAGGCUUUGAACGGAAGGUUCCUCUCCUGCAAGUGGGAUGUCAACGAGCUCGAGGGGCGGUUCGACGAGAUUCUCGACAAGGAUCUGCUGAGGCUCCGGUUUGCUGUGAAAUAUCAGAAGUUACCUACUAAUAAUUUGUUAACUAGUUAUGGUUACUACAAGGUAUAUGCAGACCUCCUGCAGACUACUAGGCUAUAUUGCAAGUUCCAGCCAUUUGGACGCUGUACGGAGUAUUACUCCGAGGUGAAUUUCAUCGAUACAGAAUAA